AAAAAUAUAAGAAAAGAUAUGAUCAAAGUCAACGAAUAUUUUGUAGUGCUAUCUCAUCAUAAACAAAUACCAUACAUCACUAAAUUUGAACCAACAACAUAUUAUUAUUCAUCACUUUUGCUGGAAUUUUGUCAAAUCAAUGGCCGACACUAUUUUUCGAUAUCCUUUUAGAAACUUUUUCUUGGACCAUCCACCAAUUUUCAGAGAAUACUAUGGAUCAACAGCACUCUUGGAUUGGAUUGAAUCCCCAACUGCUCAUAUCCUCAAAAUCAACGUUCCAGGAUUCAAGAAAGACGAGAUAAAAGUGCAGAUUGAGGAAGGAAAUGUUUUGCACCUUAGAGGAGAAAGUUUGAAAAAAGAGAAUCAUGGAAAGGAGAUUGUUUGGCAUAUUGCUGAGAGAGGAAAUGGAAAAGAAGAUUUUUCAAGAAUGAUUGAAUUACCUGUGGAUGUUAAAUUGGAUAAGAUUAAGGCACAUAUUGAAAAUGGAGUUCUCACUGUUAUUGUUCCUAAAGAUUCAUCGCAUAAAGUUCGAAAUAUUAACAUUGGUAGUAGGCUUUAAGCUUUGUAUCUUGUGACAAUUGAUAUGAUAUUUAUUGAACUUUGUACUUUAAAUAUUUGUUAUGUUUUCAACAUUGAAUGAACAUUAUGUACAGCUUUUAUUUGCGGCGGUUGAAAUACUUUAUGGUAACAUGAAAUUUGGUUAUAGAAGAAGCACUUAGUUUAUGUUUGGAA